GCUGACGGUGGUGGUCCAAACAGAGUUAGAUGCAUCUCCCUUAGCCUUGAUGUGGAUGGUGGUGGUCCAGACACAGUUAGAUGCAUCUCCCUUAGCCUUGAUGUGGAUGUAAGAGGUCUGCUGAAGGUUUGCGGCGAAGAUUUAGGUGCGCAUUGCGUAAAUGUGACAAUGGGUUGCGGCACUUUGGGUUGCUUAUGCCUACUCAGAUCUGAAGGGUGUAGCAGCUGGUUAACUCUCGGUGGUUUACGGUGAAGGUGUGCAGCAGAUGGUUAUCCAAGUGUUGCAGUUGACAGGAGGGUGCAUUUACUGCGGUUAAAUGCAGUUGACAGGAGGGGGCAUUUACUGUGGUUAAAUGCAGUUGUCAGUUGGGGGCAUUUACUGCGGUUAAAAUGGGUUGUGGCACUUCAGGCUGCCGCCGUCAACUCAGAUGAUUCUAAAAGCUGUACCAGCUGGUUAACUCUCGGUGGUUUAGGCUGGACUUGUGCAGCAGAUGCUUAUCCUCGCGGGCUUUCACUGUCGGUCAAGCGCACAUAUUUUCUCCUUCCUUUGCUCCUUGGUAGCAGUAGCAAGGCAGGCGGAAGGGCUACUGUGAAGACUGGUCUUCUUAGCUUGGGUUAACGCGGGGGGUUUGCAGCAUUUUAGGUUGCUGCCGUCAACUCAGAUCUGAAGGGUGUACCAGCUGGUUAACUCUCGGUGGUUUAGGAAGGAGGUUUGCAGGAGAUGCUUAUUAAGGGUUAAGGGCGCUCAUUGCCGUUCAAGCGCACAUUCUUUCUCCUUCAUUGCUGGAGAUGCUUAUUAAGGGUUAAGGGCGCUCAUUGCCGUUCAAGCGCACGUUCUUUCUCCUUCAUUGCAGGAGAUGCUUAUGAAGGGUUAAGGGCGCUCAUUGCGGUUCAAGCGCACAUUCUUUCUCCUUCAUUCACUGAGUUCCACUCCUCUUUAGCUGUAAGAAUGUGCGCUUGAACGGCAGAUCAAGAGGGUCGGACACAGAUCAAGACUGUAGCGGAAGGGCUACAGUGAAGACGGGUCGUCUGAACUUGGGUUAAAAUGGGGUGCAGCACAUGGAGCUGCUCACAUUUACUCGGAUCAAGAGGGUCGGACACGAUGAUGAACCGUUUGCGUGAUUUGCGGCUGAAGAUGGAAGAGGGGGAAGGGCGGGGGGGGGGGGGGGAUGGAUAAACAAUUCCCAAGGGAAAGCAUUUGGUCUUUAAAUUCCACGACACCGGCUGAAGGGGGGGUGUAUUGGAGUGGAGGGUUCAAAACACGGUGGCCUAGGCUGAAAGGGUGGAGUACUCAGACUGGGUAACCAGAGUUAAAUCACCAGUCAGUUUCCCGCCGACCUUGAUCCACAAUGCCAGUUAGCGUGGUGGAGGGGAGGAGUGCGGUUCUGGCCUACAGCCAAAGAUAAGGCUUGCAGCGGCUGCGAUGAUCAUGUCCACAACAGUUCGCUUCUUUUUUCGGCCAUGCAGCACAGCUCAUCCGGAAAAUUCGGCUUGGACGUACGGGGGGUGUAAAUGAGGUGCUCCGCAUGAGUUGCUUUCCAUGACUGGCUAGCUAACUGGUAAACCACAUGGGUUAACCCUCCUUGGUCAAUCUUAAGGGGGGGGGGGGGGGGGGGGGGGGGGGGGGGGCUAGGUGGAAACGGCAUCUUGCGGACUAUUGGUAUUGGGCUGGAAAGCAGGAAGGGUGGGGGGGGAAGGAGGGAGUGGGGAGUGAGAAUACGACACGUUGGGCUGAACGAUGAUGGCACAGCUAAGGCAGCAGCCAGGAAUGCCGGGUUCAGGGGGUCUGGGAGUGCCAUUAGGGGUGGGUGCUGGCCUUGGUGAUGUUUCGGGAAUAAACUCGCUGAUGAACGCGCAGCGUUCAGCUGUGGACCUUGCAAACAUUCACCCGUCACUUUAUGCGGCCGUGAAGUCGGAGCCUGCCAGCUCAAUCACCUCUUUUCAGGGGCGUGAUGCACAUUCUGUAGUCGCAGCCUCGGGUUUGCAUAGUGCCCUUCCAUCCUCUGCUGCACUCUCAUCUGCCUCUUCCGCCUUGACAGGGCCUCUGGGGGUGCAGUCCGGGUUGUCGGUUCAGUCGGUACAGUCCGUGCAGUCAGUGCAGUCCGUAGAAUCACAUCAGAGUCACCAUCGCCACCAGCAGCAGGAACAGCAGCAGCAGCAACAGCAACAGCAGCAGCAGCAGCACCAGCAGCAGCAACAGCAGCAGCAGCAGCAGCAGCAGCAGGCGCAGGUUGGGUCGUCGGGUCCGGUUGGUGUGCCCACCACCAACAGUGGCAGACUACAAGGCCCCCCUCCCCCCCCAGACGAGAAUUCGGGAACGACCUCAAGUAGUCUUCCGAAUGAAGGGAAGGUGCACUCUGUAGGGUCACUCAGCCACGGUGGUGUGGGCGCUGGCACGGGGGGUGGGGGUAGUAGCGGUGGGGCUGGUGGCGUUGCGAGUAACGGUACUGGUGUUACUAGUGGUGGUUCUGGGGCGCCUGUCGGGAGCACUGCUGCAAGGGGUGGAGCCGGUGGACGGGACGCUGGUCAGGGUGCUGGCCCUGGUGCAACUGGAGGGGGAGGGAGUGGCAGUGGCAGUAUGAUGCACUGCGGGAACACCCUCGGGUCAAACAAUGCCGGGAGGUCGCCGAUGCCUUCUUCUGUUUCGGGUGCUUGUCUUCAACGCCUCAUGCAGUUCAUCCGGGCGCAAAGACUUCGUCCGCCUAACAAUAGCAUCGAGUUUUGGCGGCAAUUUGUCGCGGAGUUUUUUGCACCGGGCGCCACCAAACGCUGGUGCCUAUCUAAUUACAAUAUGAAUUCGCGUCCGGCUAAUCAGGUGAACGAAACCUGGUACUGCGGACUCUGUGGUCAGCAACCUGGACGAGGGGGUGGCUUCUCAUCGACAACGGACAUCAUGCCGAGGCUUUUUAAGGUCAAGUACGAAAGUGGGCUCGAAGAGGAGGUCAUGUUCCUGGACUUAGCGGAGGACUACGUACAGGAACCUGACAAGUUGGUUCUGGAAUUCCCUCGGGCGGUGCAUGAAUCUGUCUUUCAGGAGCUACGGGUUGUGAGGUACGGUCGGUUGAGGGUUACUUUUACGACCGGCCUCAAGAUUUGGCUGUGGGAGUUCUGCACAGAGUACCACGAGGAGAUCAUUCCAAAGAAGAGCGUCCUCCAGCAGCUGAAUCAUCUGACAGCGCUUGCACGUGAGAACACAGCAGGCUUUCAGACGAAUAUCACCAAGUUACGGGUGCACUGCAACCAACUGGCGAUGGCGGUGCGCGAGCUGGGAGCGAAGCUCGAUACCCCGAACGUCAAUGAUUUCGGAUUCUCGAAGAGAUAUGUGAGGUGCCUUCAGAUUGCCGAGGUGGUUAAUUGCAUGGCGGACUUGUUCGACUACAACGAGAAACAUGGAGGAGCAGGGCCAAAGGCCUGCCUUCAGAAUUUCCCGAGGCGGACGGCAUCUACGACGACGACUGUGCACGAGGACGCGCCCUUGGCCGGCCCGGGGUCCACCUCCUCGUCCUCCAGUUUCUCGCAGAUGACAUCUCCUUCAGCGGUUCCGAGCCACUCCCAGGCACAUACAGUGGCCGCAGUCGCUCAGGCCGCCUUGCAUGCACAGGUAGCACAUGCGCAAGCGCAAGCCCGCGCUCAAGCACAGGCUCAAGCUCAGGCACAAUCGCAGUCCAAUUCCCAAGCUUCACACCUUAGCGGAAGCCAGUCGAGCGGAGGCGUAGGAAUGACCGUGCCAGUGCCUCCCAGCAGUCUUCUUGGGCAAUUGCAGCAACAGCAGCAGCAGCAGCAGCAGCAACAGCAGCAGCAGCAGCAGCAGCAGCAGCAACAGCAACAUCAGCAGCAUCAGCAGCACCAGCACCAGCAUCAGCAGCAACAGCAACAGCAACAGCAACAGCAACAGCAACAGCAGCAGCAGCAGCAGCAGCAGGAGCAGCAGCAGCAGCAGCAAGUGGCUGCAGCAGCGGCUGCUGCUGCUGCUGCCCAGCAGCAGCAUGCCGUGGCCCAGCACCAUGCGGCACAGCAGCUCCACCACCAGCAGCAACAGCAGCAGCAGCAGCAGCAACAUCAGCACCUUGUCCAGCAACACCUUUUAAAUCAACUUCAUCUGCGGCAGCAGCAGCAGCAGCAACAGCAGCAGCAGCAGCAGCAGCAGCAGCAGCAUGCCCAGGCUCAAGCACAGGCAGUGCAUCAACACCAACAUCAACUCCAGCAGACCCUUCUGCAGCAGAUGCAGAUGCUUCCUAGCCAGCAGCUACUGGCCGGUCAGCAGCAGGCGUUGAGUGCGGCCGUGCAUCAGCAGCAGCAGCAGCAACAGCAGCAGCACCAGCAAAGUUUGUUGCUCUCGCAGCUCCAGCAUCUGAACCGGCUCAGUCAGCUGGGCGUGUCCAUGGGCCUGAAUAAUCCUGCAGCAGUCGGGUUGUCACCGAACUUGCCUGUCAGUUCUUCAGGCAAUGGCCCUGGGGGGGUGAAUCUCGGUGCCGGAAACCUCUUACUCUCUCAAGGCCUCGACAGCACUCAGCAGUUUGGCAAUAACCUAGCAGUUCAAUUAGCUGGUCUGGGUGCUCUUAAUCCUCAGCAGCAACAACUGGCGCGUCUUCUCAGCCAACUUCCCAAUGCCUCACAGAGCGAGGUUGCGGACAGUCUGCGCUCGAACCAAUGACUUUCACAGACCGAGUGUAGAGGAAAGGUAUGAAGGAGUGCAGCUGAUGAUGACCUGUGUUCGAACUCUUGACCGGGGAUAAAGGAAAGAUAUGAAGGGCCCCUACGGAUGACUCUCUUUCGUGGCGGGGKGGGGGKUGUAGCGCGGAGCAGGCAGUCACUCACUUCCCACCGCCCUCCCCACCGUUUGUCAUUUGGGCAUCGAGUCGAAAUGGGUGCACAGAUGCAUAGUGUCGAUGGCCAGCCGUGGAGGGGUGGUUGUUUUGUAUAUGGCUAUUCUUGUGGGGGUUGUACCGGAGCAGGCAGACACUCACUUCCCACCGCCCUCCCCACCGUUUGUCAUUUGGACAUGGAGUUGAAAUGGGUACGUACAGAUGCGUAGUGUCGAUGGCCGGCGGUGGAGAGGUGUUUGUUUUGUAUAUGGCUAUUCUUGUGGGAAGGCACGUGUCAAACCAGCAACACGGAUGAGUCGGGUCUUCUGGUGAAGGCUGAAGGUGGACUGCAAACAUGGCUGUUCUCCCUUGAUCUAGUCAAGGGGUUGAGGGGGGAUGGAUAUCCUCCUUUCUGCUCCAAUAUGGUGUUGUGGUGCUGUAGUUAAUCUCCUGCAGUCGGUUUCAAGGAGUCGGAGAAUGUGGAGUUUCUCGUGCACACGAAUGUCAGCUGUCCUAACCUGGGCUGAUGGUGGUGGUCCAAACAGAGUUAGAUGCAUCUCCCUUAGCCUUGAUGUGGGCUGACGGUGUGGUCCAAACAGAGUUAGAUGCAUCUCCCUUAGCCUUGAUGUGGGCUGACGGUGGUGGUCCAAACAGAGUUAGAUGCAUCUCCCUUAGCCUUGANCUCUAAUGGGUGUAAACCCCAGAGUCAGUUUAACGGCCUUUUCAGGCUGGUGGCAGUUGGGGGAAAAGGGGUUGCAGCAAAUGGUUACUUAGCCCCUUUCACUGACAGAGGUUAACGCCAGGCGGGCGGAACUUAACCCCCUCCUUUGAUGCCAGGCUAAAGGGGUGAGGUUAGUAAAUGGGUUCUCCCCUUGACUGACCGACUUGGAAACAGUACACACCAGAUGGGCUUAAACCCCCUGAUCCAGGUUAACCCCCCUUGACUCACCGCGGUUAAACACGCAGUACACUAGAUGGGUUUGACCCCUGGAUUCGGUUUAACCCCCUUGACUGACUGUGGUGAAAACUGGAUUCGGUUUAACCCCCUCGACUGACUGUGGUGAAAACUGUACACUGGAUGCGCUUAACCCCCUGAACUGCAUCGGUUUGACCCCCUGAAUUCGGUUUAACCCCGGCUCGACUAACUGUUGGUAAAACAGAACGCCCCAGUCGGGGUUAAUCCCCUGAUCCGGGCUGAAGCAGUGAGGUGCAGCAAGUGGGUAUUUCCCUUUGACUGAUCGAGGAUAAAACAGUCCACGCCAGGUUGGUUAUCUCCUUGACUAGGGUUCACAGGCUUUUACCUUCCUGCACUGGAGCUAUAAGGUCCUGAGGAGCAGGAGCAGAUGCUUCAUUCCUCUCGUCGACUGGUUGAGGCUUCAACAAACAGUUUAGACCAGAUUGGUUAUCUCCUUGACAAGGGUUAACAGGCUUUAGCUUCGGUCCUCUUAGACUAUAAGGGUUAAAAGGUUGUGUAGCUUCAUGGCUGUGCUCGAGCUAUAAGGGCUUAGGGGAGUGCAGCAGCAGAAGGCUCGGGCCUCUUAGACUGGAAGGGUUUCACAGCCUGAUCCUGUCCCCUUAACUCGGGUUAAAGGGGUGUACAGAUGUGUAUGGUCGGAAGGGAUGUAGGACGGAUGAUGGGUUGUUGCUAGUGACUUGAUACAUAUGGCGUCAAUUCCGGUGAAAGGGUUAGCGAGAGCGAGGGGCAUAGCAGUACGCAUUUCGUAAUCGUUAUUUAGGCGUGAAGAGGUGCUAGGAACGGCCUCCCGUCGUCUAUAUUAUUCUGCCAGGCAUCCUUUCAGGGGAUGGGUAAUUUACUCUUCUUCCUCCGGAUUGCCGUUUGGGCGUUCCUCCCCCCUUUGUUUUCGGCUUUCCUUCUUUGAAAGCAUUGGGCCAAGUUGUGUCCGUCGUCCCGCUGGUCAUUUCAUGGAUGAACCGGCCUGCUUGCGCCCUGCUAAAUUCAUUCACGCAUCAUGAUGGGAAAAACUGUAGGACGUCCACGAAGCAGGGAAAGGCAUUGGCGGUUUGACCAAUCAACCAUAUUUUCUUUU